AUGAAGGCUAUUUCUCUGUUCGCUGCUGCCAAUCUGGCUAGCAUCGGUUUCUCUCAGCCUGCCAAACAAAAAAACUCCACCAUCUACAAUCCCAUCCUUCCUGGUUUCCACCCUGAUCCGAGUUGUGUUUUUGUCAAGGAAUGGGACAAUACCUUCUUCUGCGCUUCAUCCACGUUUCUUGCCUACCCAGGAAUACCGAUUCAUGCAAGCAAAGAUCUUCAAAAUUGGAAACUGAUCGGUCAUGCCUUCAACAGACCCGAACAGUUGCCAGCUUUCGGUAACAUCACCGGACAGCAACAGGGUUGGUAUGCUCCAACUAUUAGAUACCAAAACAACCGCUUCUGGAUAAUCAACUCUUGUGUGGGCGCUGACACAGGAUUCUGGAGCACUCCAGAUCCGUAUAACAACUCCGCUUGGACAAAUGUUACUCCAACUAACAUCCCUGGUUAUGAUCCUGACCUCUUCUGGGACACCGAUGGUAUAGUCUACUCUGCAUUCGCAAAGACUGUACUGAGCGAUCCUUUCACUACCGAGAUUCAUCAAGUCAACGUUAGCAUUCCCUCUGGCAACACCACACCAGAUCGCUUCUUGUGGAAUGGCACUGCAGUACAACCACCUGAAGGUCCUCAUAUGAUGCUAAAAGAUGGCUAUCAUUAUCUGCUUUUGGCGGAAGGCGGCACAGCUCAAGCACAUCAGGUCACAAUUGGAAGAGGCAAAUCUGCGCAAGGUCCUUUCGAAAGUGAUCCUGCAAACCCUAUCCUAACUGCAUACAACACGACAGAGUACUUCCAGACUGUUGGUCAUGCAGACCUCUUCCAGGAUGCCGAUGGCCAGUGGUGGGGUGUCGCGCUCUCUACUCGUUCUGGUCCCGAAUACGAAACUUGGCCAAUGGGUAGAGAGACUGUCUUGUAUCCUGCCAAGUGGGAGAAGGGACAAUGGCCUGUUCUUGGAGGACCUGUUAGAGGCAAGAUGGAAGCACCUUUGCCACCGGUCAACAAGAAUAUUCGCGGUUCUGGUGCGUUUGUGAAAGACCCGGACUAUUACAAGUUCUCUCCUGGUUCUUCCAUACCAUCCCACUUCUCUUACUGGCGCUUCCCUCAGACUCAGAACUAUGCCGUUUCACCCAAAGGUCAUCCAGACACUUUGAGAUUGCUACCCUCCCGUGCAAACUUGACUGGCGAUGAAGCCUUUAUUCCUACUGAUGGUAUCACAUUCAUUGGUCGUCGACAGACCGAUACCUUGUUCACCUACAGCGUCAAUGUGGAUUACUCGCCUUCACAGAUCGGCGAGGAAUCAGGCGUCACACUGUUCCUCACACAAAGCUAUCACGUUGAUCUCGGCAUCGUUCGUCUUGACAAGACUGGAACAUACCUUCGCUUCCGUGCUGAAGGUCCCAAUGCACUAAAGGAGGUUGUAAUUCCCAUCUCUCAGAAGUGGUGCGAUCAAGGCAUGCAGUUGCAAAUCCAAGCCUACAAUAUCACGCAUUUCAGCUUCUCUGCUGGACCCAAGGGUGGACAAAUCAAGCAGAUUGCCACUGUGCCUGCCACACUCGUGUCGAAUGGAUUUACAGGAUCUUUCGUUGGGGUGUAUGCAACCAACAAUGGCAAUGUGAAGGGAAACACUCCUUCAUACAUCAGCAACUGGGUAUAUCAAGGCCAGGGCCAGUACAUUGGUAAUGGAGAGUUUUAUCCGAGCAAUGGUCAGAAGUCGGGAGCGGGAUCCUAG